CAUCUAUCUAUAAUGUGUAUUUAAUUAUUUCUUUUGAGAUGUCCAAUCAAGAAAUCGAUGAGAUGACUUUCAUAUACCACCAUCAUUAGAGUACAGAAUUAACAAUGAAACAUAAGACAGAGAAGAAUGAGACACUUGAACGUGAGAAUUUUAAUGGAGAAAGCAACUAUACUUGUUGUUUUUCUUUUUUCACUCCACAUUCAAAAAAUCUACACCGCUGAAAUUGACUUGAUUUCAGAUUCAAAGUUCUUGACAGAAGCUGACACGUUGGUCUCACCGGGUGGAAAUUUUGUACUAGGGUUUUUCAGGUCAGGAAGCCCUGAGAACAAAUACGUUGGUAUAUGGUACAAGAAAAUCUCUGUUCAAACGGUGAUUUGGGUUGCCAACAGAGACUUCCCAAUCAACGGUUCAUCAUCCGGCACACUGAGGAUCAUCUCUCCAGGAAAUCUCGUCCUCAUGAACGGGAACGACACCAAUGAUGUAAUCUGGUCAUCCAAUACAACUUCAUCAGCUAACGUAACUGUACACCUUGAAGACAAUGGAAAUCUAGUUGUAAGAGAAACAAUAGAAGAGAAGAUUCUAUGGCAGAGUUUUGAUUAUCCAACUGAUACACUUCUACCUGGCAUGAAAGUCGGGAGAAAUUUCUUAACGGGUAAGGAAUGGACACUAUCUUCAUGGAAGAGCAAUCAAGAUCCAGCUCCAGGUGAAUUCACAUGGAGCGCAGACACAAGCGGCUAUCCUCAGAUCAUACUAAAACAAGGCACAACAGUCAUCUUCCGAGGUGGACCAUGGAAUGGUGUUUGGUUUAGUGGGGAUUCUGCUUCCACCAGGAACAUCAUUACCGGAGAUAUGAUUAUUAAUGAAACAGAGGCGUAUUACAGUUAUUCUCUUCUCAAUACUUCUGUUAUCUCGAGACUCGUCUUGAAUUCAUCUGGCCAGUUAGAACGUUGGGUGUGGGUUAAUGAUGUGAACAAAUGGCAGAUUUUUCUUCAGUUAGAAAGAGAUUUCUGUGAUGGGUACAACAUCUGUUAUGGUUAUGGAACGUGUAGCAGUUUAACCUCACAAAGAUGUUCUUGUUUAGAUGAGAUAAGAUUCGUGCCCAGAAACCAGAAGGGAUGGGAGAUGGCAGAUUGGUCGGGUGGUUGUGUGAGGCGAACACCAUUGGAUUGCAAAAAUGGAACCGAUGGGUUUAUCAAGUACUCUAAUGUGAAGUUGCCUGAUACAGAGUCUUCAUGGUAUAACGUGAGCAUGAGCCUGAACGAAUGUAGAGAAAAAUGCUUCAAGAAUUGUACAUGUAUGGCCUAUUCAAAUAUAGACAUCAGACAGGGGGGAAAUGGCUGCUUGCUUUGGUUCAGUGAACUUUUGGAUAUGAAAGAGGUACCUGAUAGCAAUGGUGGUCAGGAUAUCUUCGUAAGAAUGGCUUCCUCAGAAUUAGUACACGAGAAGAAGGAGAGAGCGAACAUCAAGAUCAUCUUACCAGUAGUUUUUCUGGGGGUUCUUCUGAUAGGCUUGAGCUCUACAUGGUUCCAUCAUGCAUGUAGAAAAAGGCAUCAUCAACAGCUUAGGAAAGAUUCAGGGGAAUUCUUCGAUGUUGGUCAAAGCCAGAGAGAAGCAAUGGAGCUACCAUUGUUUAGCUUUUCUACAUUAGCUAGAGCUACUGCUAGGUUUUCGCCAGAUAAUAAAAUUGGAGAAGGUGGAUUUGGAUCAGUUUAUAAGGGUGUGUUAGAAGAAGGACUAGAGAUUGCAGUUAAGCGUCUAUCUACGACUUCAAGCCAAGGACUUGAUGAGUUUAAGAAUGAAGUCAUUUGCAUUUCAAAACUUCAGCACCGAAAUCUUGUUAGACUCCUCGGAUGUAGCAUAUUGGGAGAUGAAAAGUUGUUGAUCUAUGAGUACAUGCCAAACAGAAGCUUAGACUUGUGUUUAUUUGAUAAGACACGAAGCAGACAACUUGAUUGGACAACGCGUUUUAACAUUAUCAAAGGAAUUGCUCGAGGACUUCUUUAUCUGCAUCAAGAUUCACGCUUAAGGAUCAUCCAUAGAGAUCUUAAAGCUAGCAAUGUUCUACUUGAUCUGGACAUGAACCCUAAGAUAUCAGACUUUGGGAUGGCUAGAAGCUUUGGAGGAAACGAAUCUCAAGCAAACACACAGAGAGUUGUUGGCACAUAUGGUUACAUGUCCCCGGAGUAUGCAUUAGAUGGUGUUUUCUCAUUCAAAUCCGAUGUAUUUAGCUUUGGUGUUUUAGUGCUAGAGAUAGUGAGUGGGAAAAGAAACAGGGGAUUCAUUCAUUCUGAACAUGACAAUAACCUCCUUGGACAUGCAUGGAGAAUGCAUAACGAAGGCAGAGGGAGAUUGUGCAAUGCUGAAGAAUCUGGUGGUCGGAAUCAACCCACAGCAGCGUACAUCGUAUUCGAACAUUUUAUUGCAACCACAAAGAUUUUUUUUGAGAUAUAG